AUGUUUAGGGGACAGCGUGUCUUCAAUGCCCUCAUCCUUGAGGAGGGCGAGGAGUAUUUGACGGACUGCGAGGCUUCGAUUGCUGCCUCUCACCCUGUCUCCUUUCCUGUCUCCCAUGUUUAUGAUGCUGUUGCUGCUGCUGCAGCAGCAGCAGCAGCACAUUCAGAUGCUGCUGCUGCUUACGCAGCAGACAGCAGGCACGUAAACCCCGUGCUGGCUGCUCUUAUUGGCCUGCAGACACACCGGCACCCUUCUGCUCAUCAGCAGCAGCUGCAGCAGCUCCAACAGCAGCAAGUUGAAGGUCGGCUGCGGCUGUGCAGCAAGAGUCUUAUCUUAGACCCUCACAAGCCUGCAGCAGACAUUCUUAAGUUGCUGCUGCGGCGCAUUGUAUUUAUAGCGCAACUUCCCAGCAGCAGCAGAAGCAGCCGCAGUAGCAACAGCAACAGCAGCUGGGGGUGGUACAGUCAAUCGGGUGUCACCGCACCUGCAGCAGCAGCGGGAGAGUUGAGGCUUCUGCUUGGUGUUGCAGACUUUAUGCGUGUCUCUUUAACAGUUAUUGACGGCAGAACUCGCUGCGUUUCCCCCUUUACACAGGAGGUUGCAGCAGCAGCAACAACACCAGCAACGGGGCCAGCAGCACCAGGAACAGCCCAGCCCCCCCCGUUUUCCCUACAGCAGCCGCAGCAGCAACGAGGCUCUGCAGACAGCACGAGAGUAUUUUGCUUUGUCUUGACAAUCAAUGCUGCAGCAGCAGCUGCUGCUGCUGCUGCUCCAUCGCCGGUGGGGCCCGGCAGCAGCAAAUUGCUGUUGCUGCUACUUAACCUCUGGCGCGUCUCCGCAGGCAGCAGCCCCCUCGCUAGCCUGCCGCAGGGUCCUGUCUUAACAGACGUAGAGACACUUGAAGCAAGGCAACAGCAACAUCAGGAACCUCAGCAACCCAUAAGCCCUGAGGAGUAUGCUGCUGCAGUGCAACGAGAGCUGCAACAGCACGCCCGCUUCAGCUUCUCUCAGCUGGACCACAGGGAGCAGCUGCUGCUCCCCACUAACACAGGUUUUCGGGUGUCUCGACUGCGCCCAUUGACAGCACAGCGGAUGUUGUUGUUGCUGACGCCUUCACAUUUAUAUUUAGAGUCCUCCCCUAACUUUACGAAUAAACCCCCAAAGAAAUACCCAAUUGCCGCGUUGCUGCAUGUAUGCAGACGCGUGCAUUGUCUACGCCCUAGCGGCUUAGAAUUCAUAUUUGCUGCGUGCAGCAGCGGCACCGGCAGCAGUGGUGGCAGCAGCGGCAGCGGUAGUGCCAGAAACAACGCAAGCAGCAACAUGAAUUCAGCUGCGCCCUUCGCUGCUGCUGCUGCUGGUAGUGCAGCAGCAAGUACCCAGCAUGGCCUGGGUGUCAGGAGACGCAGAGACCACAAAGUGCUGCUGCUACAGUUUGAUGACCUCACCGAGAGAGAGAAAGUUGCAUGCGCUCUGGAGCAACUCAAACCCCAACGAGGUGGCAAGAAGGUCGCCUGUCUUCCUUCCAUUACCUGCAGUUUCUCAACAGCGCAGCAGGAAGAAGCAGCAGCAACUUCUCGGCCUACCCCGUCUUCCCUUGGGUCCUUCGGAGCUGAAGUGCUGCUUGUGCUGCCUCGUGUUGUUACAACAGAUAGUACCUAUUGGGUUGUUUGUGCUGCCGCUUAUGCUGCUGCUGUGGCUGCUGCUGUCGUUGCUGCUGGCGCUGCUGCUCGCAUUGCUUCGGCGCUCAGUUGGCGCUCCUUGCUGCCUUAUCUCGUGAUAUAUAUUACUGGUUACGGAGAAGAUGACACAUCUAACCCUUUGUUGAGUCCUGCGGCUUUCCGUGACUUUAGCAAACCAAUGGGGGCUUUAAACCCUCAGCGUUUAGAGGGGCUUUUAAAGAGGAUGAAAGACAUACAGGUAGACGCCGGCGGCGGGACGAUGCCGUCAAGCUGCGAAGACGGCAUACCAGCGGCAGGACCAGCAGUAGGAGGUGGCACUGCAGGAUCAGCAGCAGCAGCAGAAGCAGAUUUAAACUACAUAUACGGCAGCCACUACAGCACACCUGCAUAUACAGUUCAUUUUCUUGUGCGGCUUCUUCCUGAGUGUCUCCUUCGGCUACACUGCGGCCGCUUCGAUUGUACACACCGCAUCUUCCGCAGCAUGCAGGGUGCAUGGGCAGGGGCGUACAGCGGCCAGUCUACAUUUGUGGAGUUGCCCCCUGAGUUUUAUUCUUUUGAUGUAUCUUUUCUUUGCAACCGCCUUGCAAUUAGACUGACGGCAAAGCCAGCAGGCACUCCGUUGUUUGCUGCUGCGGGGGCGGAAGAUCCAGCCGCAGUAGCAGCAGCAGCAGCAGCAAGCUGCACGGGAGCGCGAGCUGCAGCAGCAGCAGCAGCAGCCACCGCUGCAGCAACAGAAACUCUCGGCGACGUCGAGCUGCCAGGGUGGUGCGAAGGCGACCCUGCUUUGCUGCUGCUGUUGCAUCGAGCUGCUCUCGAGAGCAGCAACUGUAGCAGUGCGCUGCACAGGUGGAUCGACCUCAUCUUCGGCUACAAGCAGACAGGGCAGGAGGCUCGUGCUGCUAACAAUGUGUUUCAUCCUCUUACAUAUGUAGACGCUGUUGCUGCAUCAGCAACAGGCAGCUGCUGCCCCACAGGCACCCAAGCGGAUUCCUUCUCUCCUGGUCUUAGGCGGUUACUGCAGCAGCUGCCUCCUCUUGUUCGCGAUGUGCAGCUGCAGGAGUUCGGUCAGACCCCUAUUAAGCUGUUCUCCCAACCCCAUCCGAUGAGGCUUUCGUCUCCACCGUUUGACCCGUCGGAGUGGGAACUGGCCUUUGGCCGCUCAGCUCCCAGGCAUUUGCUGCAGCUGGACAGAAACCGCAGUGCUGCUGCAUCUUCAUCAACAGCAGCAGGGUACUCCAUGUGGGCAGACACCCCGUGGUAUCUCUACAUACACCACCACCCCGAGCUGCUGCCGGGUCUGCUGACGCCGACUCCGUUGCCUCCAUCAAUCCUUCCCGGUCCGCCCUCAUCAGCAGCAGAGGUUGCUGCUGCUGCUACUGCGCAGAAAUCCAGGCACCAGCAGCCGGUGCGCUUAGGGGCGGCUGCUGAGAGGGUUCCUCUCAAGUGGAGGACACCCCCGAAACCUGAAAAGGAACAGCAGCAGCUGCUGCAACUGCUGCUGGAAGGAAAUGUGCUUCCUCAGCAACAGCAGCAACAGCAGCAAGAAGACCGCCAGCAACAGCAAACUCGCACUGCUUCAGCUUGGAAUGCAGCUGCAGCCAGCCGGCUGUGGGGCCGUCAUCCCCGAAGUGUCUCCUCAGCUAACUCUCCAUGGCGCCGGUUUUCUGCUUGGCCAAGCAGCAGCAGCAGCAGCAGCAGCAGGAGCGUAGCGGUAGUUAGUGCCCCCGUGCCUUCCGGUCAGCAGCAACAGCAGCAGCGGCAGCAACAGCAGCUGGCUGUGCGUUGCCGCUGGUUAGGACUAUCGGGUGUCUCUUGCUGCAGGGGUUGGGUGGCGGUAUUGGGGAGGGACGGGCGUCUUUGCUGUUUCGACGCCCUGGAGGGUCGAUUGCUUCAGCAGCAACAGCAGCAACAGCAACAGCAGGCGUCAUUGCUCGAAGCAGCAGCAGCAGCAUGCCAGCCGAUUUCCUGCUACUGCACGGCGAUACACCGCAGAGUGGCAGACAGCGCUCUAAGCAGUGCAACCCACUUGGGUUCUUGCCGGCUGCUAGCUUUGGGGUGUACAGACGGCAGCAUUUACCUGCAGCAGUUGCCGCAGCGAGACCUGGAGUCCACAACCAUCGCCAGCAGCAGCAGCAGCAGCAGCAGCAGCAGUAGCAGCAGCAGGGGAAUGGGCUCGUACCCCGUUUCUGCUGGAGGCCGGAGGGAGAAACAGCGAGUUGUUGGCCACUUGGACUCUGUCUUGAGUUUGUGUUACCAAGGCACUGAAAGCUUUCUCGUCUCAGGAGCAGCGGAUGCGACUGUAAGGGUGUGGGGUGCAACUCCUGCUGCCUUGCUGCUGCAGCGGCUGUUUGACGAGCCUCUCUCGGAGGUCACUGCCACAGCAGCAAGCGGCUCCCUAGUCCUUGCAGGAACUGCUGCAGGGGAUUUGCUGCUUUGGGACUUGCGGUGCUCCUCUCCCUUCAUCUGGGGGGCCCCCCAAGGGGGACCCCACGAACCCAGGGGACCCAUCAGGGCAUGUGGCUUCGCCGAAGGCGGCAGAAUUACAGCACUUCUGCAUACACCGCAAGCUGCUGCUGCUCUGCGCAGGCAGGAGCAGCUUCAGCUGCAGCAAAUUGGGGUCGAGAGGCCCGGCGGGGCGGAGUUGCAGAAAAGCGCGCCCCGCGGAGGCAACGCAGCAGCAGCAGAGGCACCACCGGCAGAUCUAGCAGGUGCAACAGACGCAGCGUUUCCAAUUCAGGUAUGGGAACUUCGCGGCAGCAGCAGGAUCCCCCCACGCGGCCAUCCUGGGGCGUCUGUACAAGCCGGGUCCCCUCCAGGGGUUGUAACCUGUGGGGCCCUGGAUGCCAGUGGGCUUGCACUUCUAGCCUUUAUAGAGUCUCCUGCUGCCGCUGGUCCUGCUAGUGCUACUGCUGGGACCGUGUGCAGGGCAGGGCUGCGGCUAAUGGACUGUUUGAAGAAGGAGGAGAUUUGGUGGGCACCACUGCGUGCGGUCGGGGCCCCCCGUUACAUUUCUGUAUGGCCUGGGGCUGCUGCAGCGACUGAGGGGCUGUCUUUUGAGGGUGCUGGCGGUGGCAGCUGGGGCCCCACAGUCGUGGCUGUCGGGGAGGCGGCUGGAGCUGUUGAGGCUCUUUGGGUGUAG